AUGUCGCUAACUAUCUACCAUGGUCUGCGGUUGAGUGAGAAAAACACGGUUGGAAGAUGUGUUGGUACACAUACUAAUCGUGAAGAUGUGGCCACAGAGAGCACUCUGGCGAAAUUGGAGAGCGAAUAUCUUACAAAACUGGUACUUUUGAAAAUGGAGAGGAAGGAACGAGAAAGUAAGCAUCAAGAGGAGAUUGCGAACCACGAUUUGGCGAAUCCCAAUGAUAACCAAAGUAGUGAUUCUGCUGCCUCAUUAUCCAAUAGCACGGCCACAACAUCUGCAAUUUUAACGGAAACUACCUCAACAGUAGUUCCAACGGAAAGGGAACGACAGACUGAUAAUAUGCCGAGAGAUCAACAACUCAAAGUUUCUAUUCACACAAAAGCGAAAAAUGGCUAUGAUAAAAUCGAGAAGAUUGAGUCGAAAGUCCUAUCCAUUCUGAGCAGCACCGUUAAAGAACAAGAGGAAAUGCUUGGAAAACAAAGUGCAGUCGAAAGAUCUAGGGUGAAAGUUGACAAAGGCCAGAACAUAGCAAGUGAACUACAACAAACUCAAAAUACACUUUUUACGCCACCAUCGCCUCAAUCCGAUACCAGUGCUGUGUUUCCAUCGAAAUUGGCACUGAAUAUUACCAUUGAGCCUGAGAAAAAUUUAGAGAGCGAAAAUUCAAUUCAUGUAGAUAGUGAAUCCCACUUGCUUAGAAAGAGUUCCAAAAAAGUGGAUUUUAAUAACGGCCUUUUUGAAGACAACAGCAAACAUUCACAAAAUGCGGUAUCAGCGGACUAUCCACCAUCGGACGCUCCCAAAAUCCUAAAAGCAACAGAAUCUAAUGAGGUGUCAUUACUGAAUGAAACACACUUAAAUGUCAAGAAAGCAGAGGACUUGUUAGAUACCAAUGAAAUCAAACGACUGCAAGAACACAUCAGGACAAAACUCUUGGCUCUUUUGCAAAAACGAGUUGAAAAGCUAGUCGCCGAUCUGGACCUAAAUCGCAAUAGUACUUUUGCACCAACGAUGGGAAUAGAGGAGGCAACUAGCACCAGAUCUUCGUCCAUUCAAAGAACUUCGGUGACUGAUAGUGUUAUAUCAACGAAGGCAACAACUACGGCAAAAUCAACAGCAGGGGUGAGGAGCACACUAACCAGUGAUGAAGGAGGAGCUGCGGCUCUCAAACAAAUCUCGAUGUUCGAAGAGAAGAACACUGUGGAAACUGUGAACAACGCAUCUUCUAUAAUAGCAGCGGAAUUAUCAAAUAGAAGUGCGACAGUGCACAAAUCCGAAACUGCUAGGAGUACUAAGUCCGAAGCUAAAUUGGCUAACGUCAUCACUCCUAUUGCCAAGAUAAUCGAUAACAUUGGUCCGAUCAUCGCACCACUUCUUCGCUCCCGCAAUGCUGCGAUAAAGGCAGCAGGUGUGACAACAUUCGAACCACCAGGAAGAGAUAUUUUGGCUCACUCAGAGGGAGAGAAUUCAAUAAUUGGAUAUGGAACUCAGCUCGCACGAGAGAUCCUUAAUCCUGGUUCUCUACAGAAAGAUAGAGAGGAGCGCCAAAAAGCUUUUGCCGCGAAGAUCGUACAGAUCAAGGAAAAUCUCAAAUACAACGCAAGUGAAGGAGCAAAUCGUAUCCCGCCUUAUCCAAAUCUGUAUUCUGUGCUACCACAAACGUCGCAAGUUACACAUCGUCGUCAUGCUUACCCACAGGCAUUUGCUCGAGUCGCAUCUGUACCUUUAGCUGAACAAGCCGCUAAAGCGUCAAGAAACACCCAUACACAGCUAGCGAAGGCCUCGUUUGAUUUUAGCCAUUCUACUGUUGUUCCAUACUUCACAGCUCCACUCACUGGUUAUAAGGAAUCUUUGCCUACGCCACCUUCAUUCCCUCAAUCGCUCUCUACGCUUCCAUAUUACUCAUUAGAACCACGUAAAGAGGCACUUUCUUCAAGAUUAUCUAGAGUGUCGUCCUCUGAGAUCAACACUGCAGCACAGUCAAUCGCUAGUACGCCAUUUUAUCCUACAAUGAAGAGCGAUGAAGUAGUUCUUCCCUUCAUCACUAGUGCAUUCAGCUCACAAAAAUCUCAACUACAACCACCAGUGGCAGCAAUGCAGAUGGAGAAGCAAGGAAUUAACGAUAAUGCCGGUUAUGAAAGAGGCAGAUCAGAGGUGAAAUCAACAUUCUUUGAAGAUUCCGGAAUAAUGCUGGGAAACAGAGAAGUACCAUCACAAAGGAUUGAUUCUCAACCAUUCACCUCCUUAAAGAGUGUAGGCUUUAGAGGAGGGGAAUUCGGAGGAGGUCGUCGACCUACUGAAUCAUUCGCCCAAGACGAUUCAACAAUGGAAGAAAGCUUCUCGAUUUUCGCCACUAAUCCUAAAAAAGUGAUGAGAAAGCGCUAG